GCGGCUUUUCCGGUGAUUUGCCGAAGCGAUGUCCUGGUGAGAGUUCCCGACGAGGACGAGGAUGGCGAAUGUUGAGUUCUGGAGGGGUGCCACCAAGAAGACGACUUGCACGACCAUCUCUGAUGGAUACCAUCAAAUCCUCCCAUUUCAGUCUGCUACAGCUGAGAACCACAGCUACUGUACGUGUAAGCCUCCUCGAAUGUGUGAUGAUUACUGGAGUGAAUGGAAGCAUUGUCGGAGUGUGAGGAAUCUCUUCCAUCAUUACUACACCUAUGGAGAGUACCCAUCAUGUAAGCAGUGGAAGAUAGAUUACAACAAUUGCAGGGAAUGGGAAAAACAUAAGUCCGAAGAGUCUAAGAAAGCCUUAUGUGAGAGUGAGAAGAAAAGGUUAGAAGAACAAAAAAGGCAUCUUCCAAUCUGGGAGAUGAGGAAGAAUCCACCAGCUGAAUGGUAUCUUCCCCUGAAUGAUGGAAAAGUGAAAUAGAGGAGAUUACUCACACCUGGAGUUAAACUACAGACUAUUGGAUAACAGUCCAUUAUUUGUCAGCUGUGCAUCUAUUGGAUUCAGGUCAAUCCACUCAAAAUAGUUUCUCAGGGUCUUAAUAGCAUCAGUUAAUCUGAUUUACUUUUGGAGUAUGGUACAAUGUCUGUCUGUAAUCAAAUACUCUGGCUGAUAAGUGAUUGCUAGAUACUGGAAACGUUUUAAAGGCAACGCGACCUUAAAGAUCUGUGUUCAA